CCACGCCCUGGUUGAAGUCGUAGCCUUUGAUCUCAUGGCCUUUCCCCUCGAGAGACUCCGAUUGUUUGAACACGGUAGCGUGCACUGAUGAAGGGAUGCCGCCGUUUUCCAUGUCUGCUCCAGCUGAAGCUAGUCAGAUUGAAUAUCCCUGCCCAGAAGGACGCAGCAAGAAGGACCUUGACUGGCGGCUGGCGGCGGGCGGCGAGAGACGGAGAAGGAGAACUCGGCUGACGACAACAGACGAACUGAAGCGCCGUCGACGGAGGCGCCUGCGAUGGAACGCAGAGAUCGAGAUUUUGACGAGAGAAAAGAAGGCUGCUUUUUUCGCGGGAUUUUAUUCAGCUAGUCUUUUUGUUGCUUAAAUGGGCUUAGCAGUGGGGGGGAAAAGCCCAACUCCUCCCUGGAAAUAACAAACCAGAGGGAGACGACGCCACUGCUCGUUCUUUUGGGAGAUUCGCACUUUGCUUGGUAAAGAUUUCUACUUUCCCGUCUGAUCUCUCAUCUCCGUUCAAAAGGAACGGAAAAGAUGAUGCCUUGCUCUUUGCCAUGAGAAUAAUAGGGUGGAUUUGCUGGCGUUGGAAAAUGGGUAUCAUAUGGAAAUUCUUCUUCUGUUGCUGCUUCAUUGUUGUAACUCUGUCCAUUUAUGGCGACUGUUUGUCUUUGGAGGAUUGUAUACUGAAGUCUUAUUUCUCGAAAAACGAAGUUCUUACUGAUUCUAGCUUUCAAGAUCUCCUACAAGAUGAGCUCUCAAAGUUCUCAUGCAAACUGCUGCCUGGCGAUCCCAACCCUCAACUUACACUAUCUGGUUUGGAGCGUCGUCUGAUUGGGGAAGGCUCUCAUCGCCAUCUAUCUUCAACAAUCCAGCUUCAAGUCCCUCCACAAAGUUUCCCUCUUCAGUCUUGCAAGCUUGUAAUGAUUGAAAGACUGCCCUCUGGAGUCUUUGCUGAUCCAUUCGAGCUUGACCACCUAUUCCAUCAUGGAGCAUAUGCUGGCAUAGGUGUCUUCGGAGAUACAAAUUUGGAGUUGCCUUCGGUUUCCUCAAAUAGGUCUGCAGUGGAGAUUCACAUGAAUUUCGAGCACAGCAUUUCAUCCGGAGCCAUGUCUGAACUUGGAAUCAGAAUAGACCUCCCAUUACAUGCCCGUUAUGCGCCGUUGCAUGAAAGCGGAUAUUCAGAAGUAGCAUUUGGUACGCCGGAUUUGCUCGUGAGUUGCAGCAUGGAAGGAAGCUCAGGGAUGAGAAGUUGCUUGAUUGUGCCAAGCCAUGACAGCAACAGACUGAGAACAGAUGUUGUGUGGAAAAUACCAUGUGGGAUUAUGAGCCAUACAAAUGUGGUUUCUGUUGUUACGUUUGCUACUGCCUUCGUAUCAACCCUUGUAAUUGUAUUUGCAUCCGUACUUUACCCCAAACCUCGUUGAAUAUGCUCAAAGAUAAAAAUAUACCAUCAUUUUCAUGGUUGAUAGCAAUCCAAAUUUUCCAUUCUUAACAACCAUUUUACUUUACUUUCUAACACUCCCUUGGUUUCCUUCCUCUUUUAAAAGGUCCACCCUCAUUUGUCAAUUAUAACAUUAAGUAAAUUGAACGAGAAUAG